AUGAUGGACCGAACCACCGAGCAGUUGCGCUCCAAGCAUGUUCGGACGCUGGAGCUCCUGCAGAAGACGCUGGAUGAGAACGCCGAGAUGAAGAAGACGUUGUCGCAAAAGGCCUUUCCUCUCUCCAUGGGGCAGGGUGUCGACCUUUCCAAGCGCGUCGUGGAGCUCGAAAACGAGCUGGAGCGGCUCCAGCGCUCGCCCGCGAUGGCAUCGGACAACGCCAAGGUUGCCACCCUCGAGACGCGAGUGCAUGAGCUCGAAGCUGCCAACUACAACCUCGAGUUCAAUCUCAGUGCCAAGGAGCGGCUCGUUGUCGACGCCACACGCGAGCGCGACGAGCUCCAAGCGGCGCUGGCAGCCAAUAUCGCCAAGUCCGACGCCCGCAGCAACCAAGACGCGGACGCACUUGCCAAGGCGCUGGACGCCCGCGCCAACGCCGAGGGCGAGUGCCUCCGCAUGGCCGACACGAUCGAAAAGCUUCAGAAGAAGGAAUGGACGUUUACAGAGCAGAUUGAAGCCCUUCGAGCGCAGAAGCUGGCGUUUGAGAACGAGCACGCAGCGCUGUACCGCACGCUCGAGGACAAAGAGCGCCAGAUGGAGUUCGUCGUGCAGGAGCUGCAAGGUGCACGAGCUGAAGUCAGCCAGCUACGGGAAAUGUCGCCGAAAUGUGACCGAACCCCCAGCAUCAAGGUCGAGGUUACACCCGCGAUCAGCCAAGAGGCGCUCGACAGUGCAAUGCGCCCUACACUAGCGCGCAACAAGCAGCUCCUACGCGACAACCAGCAGCUGCGGGACCACGUCGAGUCGCUACAGGCAGAGCUGGUGCAGUACCAGAGUCGAUUGAGCUCGACAACCACCUUUGCCGCGCACAUCGACCUCAAGAAGGAGAACUUUCUCUUGCGCCAACAGGUGGAAGAGAUGCAGGCGCUGCAGAAGAAGUUCCUUGGCACCGCCAAGAAGCAGACGUUCCAGUUCAACAACCAGCGAGGCGUGUGA